AGUAGUAGUAGUAGUAGUAGUAGUAGUAGUAGUAGUAGUAGUAGUAGUAGUAGUAGUAGUAGUAGUAGUAGUAGUAGUAGUAGUAGUAGUAGUAGUAGUAGUAGUAGUAGCAGUAGCAGUAGCAGUAGCAGUAGCAGUAGCAGUAGUAGUAGUAGUAGUAGUAGUAGUAGUAGUAGUAGUAGUAGUAGUAGUAGUAUUAAUAGUAGUAGUAGUAGUAGUAGUAGUAGUAGUAGUAGUAGUAGUAGUAGUAGUAGUAGCAGUAGCAGUAGCAGUAGUAGUAGUAGUAGUAGUAGUAGUAGUAGUAGUAGUAGUAGUAGUAGUAGUAGUAGUAGCAGUAGCAGUGGCAGUGGCAGUGGCAGUGGUAGUAGUAGUAGUAGUAGUAGUAGUAGUAGUAGUAGUAGUAGUAGUAGUAGUAGUAGUAGUAGUAGUAGUAGUAGAAGCAGUAGUAGCAGUAGUAGCAGUAGUAGUAGUAGUAGUAGUAGUAGUAGUAGUAGUAGUAGUAGUAGUAGUAGUAGUAGUAGUAGUAGUAGUAGUAGUAGCAGUAGCAGUAGCAGUAGCAGAGGCAGUGGCAGUGGCAGUAGCGGUAGUAGUAGUAGUAGUAGUAGUAGUAGUAGUAGUAGUAGUAGUAGUAGUAGUAGUAGUAGUAGUAGUAGUAGUAGU